AUGGAAGCAGGACCAGGAGACAGGCAGUGGUCAGCAAUUUCCAGGCAGCAAGAGAUCAAUUCAGCAGGCGGUAUAAAUCCAAGAAGCAGGUCAGGGCUUGUAACAGCCAGGCAAAGCAGUACAGAAAUAGCAGACAAGGACAAGUCCAGUAAACAGGCCAUUGUCAGAAUAAUCAAAUCAGGAUGGAGGCAAGUCCUAGGGGAAGCCAUAUUAUACACAGGUAUCUACUAUGUAAUGUGCAUGGGACUUCUUAUGAUCAGUUUGAUAGAGAGCAUCUUUAUAGUGCGGAUGGUCCACCAGCACAAUGUCCAUGCAGAAGUUCCCAAAUGGCUUAAACAAUUGGUUCUGGAGAAAUUAAUUUCUGUACCGGGUAUCCAAAACAAAAUGUUUGAAGAACUCCGGAAUAAACCCUCAUAUGAACCUCAGGAGCUGGAGACAGAUGGUAUUGUGCAAGAGUCUCGUGAAUUAUUGACCAAUAAAUCAGCCAUGAUGGAACUUUCACAAUAUUUGAUGGAUGGGUACAACAAGGAUGUAAGACCUGUGAAAAACUGGAGAAAGCCUAUUACAGUGUAUAUAAAGAUUGCCAUAUAUGCCAUUCUUGGAGUGGAUGAGAAAAACCAAUUGUUGAAAUCUUACAUUUGGUACAACCAGUCUUGGGUGGAUGAGUUUCUUCAGUGGGAUCCAACCAAAUUUGACAACUUGACUCGUUUUUCCAUUCCCACACAAUCAAUAUGGCUUCCAGACAUUAUGAUUGAAGAAGCAGUGAGCUCUGAAGAUUCUCCAGCUGUCCCCUACGUGUAUGUAAAUUACCAUGGUAGGGUAAUGAACAACAUUCCCAUACACAUUACAACAGCAUGCACGCUUGAUGUUUACUAUUUUCCAUUUGAUGUUGCAAAUUGUUCCAUGUCGUUCAGCAGUUGGUUACACACAGCUCAGGAUAUAAACAUAUCUUUUGCAAGAAUGCCACAUGAGUCUCAUAACAUUAUAAACGCACAUGUAACUGAAGGAGAGUGGGACCUUCUUGAGGUGGUGCGGGACUACAAAGAAUCCACUGAUCCGGACAGGGUAUUUGGAGAGAUAACAUUUUAUAUUAUCCUCAAAAGAAAACCUCUGUUCUAUGUUGUGAAUGUUAUUUUUCCCAGUACCAUUCUUAUGAUCAUGGACACAAUUGGUUUCUUCAUACCGCCUGAGAGUGGCGAGAGAAUAUCUUUCAAAAUCACACUGCUCCUGGGUUACUCUGUCUUCCUUGUAAUUGCUUCAGAGACAUUACCAGCAAUUGGGGCACCGUUAAUAGGCAUCUACUUUUUAGUGUGUAUGCUGCUGCUAAUGAUAAGUCUGGCAGAAAGUAUCUUCAUAGUCAGAAUUUGCCAUAAGAAGAGUCUCUUCCUGCAAGUUCCAGGGUGGUUAAAACAAAUGGCACUAGGGAAGAUGGCUCAAGUGCUCCUCAUAAAAGACAAGAUUUCUGCAUCGUGCAGCAUUAAAAGAGGAACAUCUGGCAAUACAGAGGAAAUAAAUAUUGCAUCAUCUCACGUCUCCUAUGUGGCUCAGCAGUACUAUCCAGAACCUUCAUCAGUAAUCACUGCACUGUCACUCAUCAUCACAUUGUGA